CGCCCGCCCGUCCGGCCUGCCAGCGUGGCCCUGUUCCUGACUGUGGUUGUGUCCCUGCCUGUCUCCAGGUGACUCCAGACCCAGGGGCAUGAACGGUGGCCCUGGAAGACUGCUUCCUCCCAGCUGACCGAUGGAGGGGACCGGCCCUGGGACCGCUGACCCCGAGAGGGGUGCGGCUCAGGCUGGGAGCCCGCCUGGCUCCCCCUCCAGAGACGUUCACAAGAGUGUUGCUGGGGUCAUCUUUUCUUCCUCGCCAGUCCUAGACUUGAGUCAAAGGGGUCUUCACCAUUUAGGAGACUUCCUUAAAAUUCCCACCCUUAAACAAUUGCACCUUCAGAGAAAUGCCCUCUGCACAAUCCCAGGAGACUUCUUCCAGCUGCUGCCGAACCUCACGUGGCUGGACCUGCGGCACAACAGGAUCCAGGAGCUUCCUCCCGGGAUUGGCUCUCACAGGUAUUUGAAAACUUUGCUUUUAGAAAGAAAUCCUAUCAAAAUGUUACCUGUGGAGCUGGGGAACGUGACUACGCUGAGAGCUCUGAACCUGAGAGACUGCCCUCUGCAGUUCCCACCUCAGCUAGUGGUGCAGGAAGGCCCAGCCUCCAUCCUGACCUUCCUGCGAGCCUGUGCAUCCCAGCUCUCCUCCCCCCGAGACCUAGCUUCUCAAGGGAUUUCACCCACUAAAAUGAACCUCAGUCAGCUGCCGCAUCCCCUGCUGGACCUACCUGGAGAAUGUGCAUCCAAGAGAGAAAUCACGAAUUCUCAGGGGCCCAAGGAGACCAGGUUCAGAGAAAUGGGGGACCCGUUCCCACCUGUUGAGAAACUGGACCUGAGUGAGCUGAGGCGGGUGGCCGAUUCCUGGGAAGAGUGGCCGAGCGAGGAGGAGAUCAGGCGCUUCUGGAGGCUGCGGCAGGAGAUCGUGGAGAAGGAGCAGGCGGACGUUCUGGAGAACCAGCUCCUGGCGGCGGAGCUGCCCCCGAACCUCCGGGCCAUGCUGCGCACCCGGGGCGAGGCGCGCCCCAGCCCCACACGCAUCCGCAGAAAGAAGACACCCUCCUUCAAGGGCUCCCUGCCUGGCCUGGCGUCGGCGCACCCAGCGGCGACGGCGACGCAGGGAGCAGGGCUGCUGGGGGAGAGGCGCACCGUGGCCCUCAGGGAGCUGCGGGAGAAGCAGGAGCUGACGGAGCAGCGCAGGAGAGAUAGAAGAGUUCUGCAGGAGUGGCGAGAGCAAGCCCAGACGAUGAAGAGGAGGAAGGAGGAGCUCGGCAAACUCCUGCCUCCAAAGCGGACACUGGUGACAUCCAAGAUUCCCUUUGCCACAGAUCUGAUAGACAGUGAGAAAACGCCAGUGAAUCCACCUAGAAAAAGGGGACAAAGCAAAGAGAAGUCACUGCAAGCAAGAAAUGAGCUGAGUGCCGUCCACGAGGGGGAGUUAGAGGGAAGGCUGAGAGAGCACAUCCGACAAAUGCACGAACGGAGGAAAGCAUUUCGAGGGACCGCGCCUUUCGAGGAGAUAAGGAAGGCGACAGAGGAUCUGAAGAUUGCCAGAAAGCUGCAGGAUGAAGUCAUGAAACUGAGCAAGAGCCAUGGGUACCCUGCCUUCCCUGGGGACCAUCCACUGUGCCUGCCAGCAUUGCAUCCUCAGAAUAUGUUUUCAAACACGAAAUAUUAAGCAUCUGAGAAUGAUUGCAAAUACUAUGAGAGAGCUCCGCGUGCUCUGACAAACAUCUCCAGCCGAGAAGUCGGCUCGGCACUUGGUUGUCUUCCUCGGGUGCCAUCUCGGGUGUGCUGGGGUCUCAGGGUCCACAUUCUCCCAGUGGCUCACUGCGCACACAGCCUGUUGUUUUUAUCUGAGCUGCCUUUUCUGAGGCCGUGAAAGGUUUCAGCUGCAUUAAAAGGAAGAGAAUACUGGAAA